GACGAAACCAAUGUGCCAUUUAUAAUUAUUGGUUAACGGGUAAAGUUGUGCGCGUAAAACAUAUUCAAUUUAAAAAUAUGAUCGAUUUGAAAUACUUUGUGGUAAUUCUUGCGUUCGCUGCGUAUACUAAUGCAGUUCCAUUGGUAGCAAAAUGUAAAGUCGGAGACUCCAAAUGCAGCAAAGAAUCGGCGCAGGCGGCGAUAAAAACCUUCGCCGCUGGAAUCCCUGAGUUCAAGAUAAAGUCAUUGGACCCUUUGGUCAUCAAACACACAGACGCCAGUUCACCUAGCCUCAAACUGACUUUAUCUGAAUAUACCGUGACUGGGCUGAAAGACUGCAUUGUUAAGAAGACUAAAUACGACAAAUCCAACUCCAAGAUACAAAUAAAAAUACAAUGUUCUCCCAAAGUUGAUGGAAGCUAUGAAAUGGAUGGACAAUUACUAAUUUUGCGUAUGGAAGGAAAGGGUCCGAUUCACGUACAACUAAGAAAAGCAGAAUUCAGCGUGGAAUACAGUAUUGAAGAAUUUGAAAAGGAUGGAGCUAAAUACUGGAACAUCAAAGAUUACAAGCACAGUUUUGAAUUGAAGGACAAAGCGGACGUUGUGUUCGAAAAUCUUUUUAAUGGAAAUGAUGUGCUUGGACAAGCUGCAAAGGAAGUUAUUAAAGAGAGCGGCAAUGAAAUUGUCCAAGAAGUCGGGACCCCGAUUAUUACUGAUAUUAUAAAGGAAAUUAACAAAAACAUCAACACAUUCUUCCACCAAGUUCCUAUUAGUGAAUUGAUAAUUGAAUUUCCAUUCGAAGUGACAAAAUGCCUUUCAACGGAUUCGAAAUGCUUGAAAUCAGUAACACAAGCUAUGAUCCCAAAAUUUGCCUCAGGGCUGCCAAUCUUCAACAUCAAAUCUUUAGAUCCAAUGGAAAUUGAAAAAGUCGAUGCGAGCACCCCUAACCUUAAACUAUUUCUAAGUAAUAUUAAGGUAACGGGACUUAAAGACUGCACUGCAAAGAAAGUAGAACGAGAUGCUGCGACAAAAACCCUCUCAGUGACUCUGCUGUGUAAUGUAGAUGUUGAAGGAAACUACGACAUGAAGGGGCGCCUAUUAUUUCUUCCUCUCGAAGGAAACGACAAGUUCCAAGUCAAACUUAACAAAGCAAUCUUUAAAGUAGAAGGUAAAUAUGACGAAAUCACCAAGGAUGGAAAGGCAUACUGGGACAUUAAAAGCUGGGACCAUGCAUACAAACUACAAGAAAAGUCGAGUGUCCAUUUCGAAAAUCUAUUCAACGGAAAUAAGGACCUAGCUAAAGCCGCUCAGGAUGUCAUUGAAGGUAAUGGUAAUGAAAUCAUUGAUGAAGUGGGUCCACCAGUAGUCAAGGCCAUCGUUUCCAGUAUUGUGGAUGGAGUUCAAGAAUUCUUCCAUGCGAUUCCCGCAGAAAACCUAGCUUUAGAUUAAAUUUAAGAGUAAUUAUUUUAAUCGAUACAUAAUAAAUAUACCUCAAAUUA